GGUCUGAUUCUGGAUUUCAUACAAUCAGCCUCUGGCACUUUUGACCAUGUAGCAACGAUGGCUCCCGUCACCAAGCCCCCGAAGAACAAUCGCGACAUUAAAGACUUUUUCAAGCCUCGGCCUGUUUCGCAAACGUCCCCCGCCAAUGCCAUAGAUAGACAGAGCUCCGAGCGUACAUGGCCAAGUCCAAUUCCUCCCCGACGAGGGCGAGACCAGAGUGCAUCCGGCUCCACUCGACAAGAUCCAUCGCCAACCGCGACACCGUCUAUAACUGCUGCUAUGAAUGAUCAUGACAUACAGAGCUUGAACAAGCCAUGAUUGCCAGUCAGUGGAAGUCGUCUCGCUUCCGUCGAGCCCUGAGGAGGUCUUCAUGUCGAGCCCUAUACCAGUCUCACCUAUGGGAAGGACUACAACGCCCGCUCCAGUAGGUCUGCGGCUUGGACGAUUCGGACUCGGAACUCGAGGACGUGAGCGCCUUCAUCACAGUCAAUAAACGUAACCUGAAGAACUCGAU